GUCGUAAUGGUGUCUGUUUGAUUUCCGCAGGCUGCGGCAUUAGCCCUCGGCCGACCUGAGCGGCGGCAGGGUAGUAGAUUGUCUCUGCUGUCCGAGAGGGCCGGGAAAGGGUGGUUGGGGCCGGAGUCGGCAGCAGAGAACCGGGCGCGGGCGGAGGUAGAGCCCACCGAGUCCCAGGCCGGCCGCGGAGUGCGCAGCGUGAAGCCAGCUUUGCAGACGGCGUUAAGUAGGGUCCACGCUCCUCCGCCUCCCGACCCCCUGCGAGUCGGGCCUUGGGUGAAGAGUCAGCGAGUUUCUGCAUAAAAGAUGACUACAGCAGCUAGGCCAACUUUUGAACCCGCAAGAGGUGGGAGAGGAAAAGGAGAAGGUGAUUUGAGCCAGCUCUCAAAGCAGUAUUCAAGUAGAGACCUACCUUCUCAUACAAAGAUAAAAUAUAGACAAACCACUCAGGAUGCCCCUGAAGAGGUUCGCAACCGUGACUUCAGGAGAGAGCUGGAGGAGAGAGAGCGAGCUGCUGCAAGAGAAAAAAACAGAGAUCGUCCAACACGAGAACAUACAACCUCCUCGUCAGUGUCAAAGAAACCUCGGUUAGACCAGAUUCCUGCCGCCAACCUUGACGCAGAUGAUCCUCUAACAGAUGAGGAAGAUGAGGAUGAAGACUUCGAAGAGGAGAGUGACGAUGAUGACACUGCUGCUCUUCUUGCAGAACUAGAGAAAAUCAAGAAAGAAAGAGCAGAAGAGCAGGCCAGGAAGGAACAAGAACAAAAAGCUGAAGAAGAACGAAUACGUAUGGAAAACAUUUUGAGUGGAAACCCUCUCCUAAAUCUCACUGGCCCAUCCCAGCCUCAGGCCAACUUUAAGGUUAAAAGAAGGUGGGAUGAUGAUGUUGUUUUCAAGAACUGUGCAAAAGGUGUAGAUGAUCAGAAGAAAGACAAAAGAUUUGUAAAUGAUACACUGCGAUCCGAAUUUCACAAAAAGUUCAUGGAGAAAUACAUUAAAUAGUACAGUUUUAUGUGCUUAAUUAAAGACUGUAAAACGUUAACAAUCAUUCUUUAUUUUCUCUCUCCCCAUCUACAUUGUGCAUAGGCUUCCCUAAUUUUAAAUUCCAAAAUACUCUUCCUUUAUGGAUCCCUUAUUUGUCAAGGACUUGGGAAUUGGUUUAACCUAAUUUCGAUUCAUGGAAUUUUGCCAGUCAUAUGUUUUCCUUUUAAUACGGGAAGGGGACCCUUCUUGUGAUAAAUAUUUUUGAAAAUGUUUAUGACUAAAUCUGUGUCCCCAACUUUUUCGUUGAAGUGUAUGCAGCUUAUAAAGCAUUGCAUCUUUUCUUUUGAAUUGUAUUUCUUUGUGCAUUAACUUUUUCUCAUUUCUUUGACAUUGAUUUGAGGUCAGUUAAUGUGUGAUAUCUUCUCUGUUUUUUAAGUGUGCUAGAAGAUGAAAAGGAUUCUGUUUGCCCCUCAUUUUGGUAUAGAAGAGUGUCCUCAACCUCUAAACUCCCUGAGUAUGUGCCACAGGGCACAUGGAGUGUCUUUCGCUUCUGCAAGCGCUCCUUCCUUUUCCUCUUGGCCUAAAACAGCUCCUUAAGCAUGCCCAGAAAGCAUGUGGCACUCACCUGUGUUCUCCUGGAUACUCAACUGUCGUGUCCCUUUUGACUGAGAGAGUUUGCACACUGAUAGACUUUAGAUGCAGAGCCUAGGAAAGUUCUAACAGCAAACAAUACACGAAAUAAAACCUGUUGAAAUUGAA